AUGAACAUCAUUAACCUGGUUGGGCUGGCUGACAACAGAAUGUUGACCAAGCUCACCUUAGACUCCGGGGACAAAGUAUGUGUUCAACCAAACUGCAACCAGACUUAUACCGUAGAUCUACAGAGACAUCAUGAGAGCCACUGCAGCCAUCCUAUUGAUCCUCUGUCUCCUAGCCGCCAGUCAUGCCUGGGACUGUCAGCCUGUAGUGGAUAUCAAGAAUCUGAUGCAGAUCGAUGCAGGACUGGGGCAAAUGGUUGCUACGAACACAAGUCAAACCCCCUACUACCUGGCAGUCUGAAGCAAGUGGAUGCUGGGGGCAACCAGUUUAUUGUGGGGGUCUACAUGAAAGAUACUUCAUUCUGUCUGACAAGUAGUGCCACAGUUGGCUACAAGGGUCCAAGCUCACCCCUUCCAUGGACAGGAUUGCCAGGAAGUGUGAAGUAUUCUAGUUGCGGACCUUUUGGGUGCUGGGCAGUCAACAAGAAUGAUGAUAUCUUCUUAAUGAGUCUGAAUCAAGACUGUCAAAACAACGGGUGGAGUCACAUUGAUGGCAAUCUUUCCAUGAUUGAAGUGGCAACUGAUGGUAGUGUCUUUGGGGUCACCUCUGCGGGUAGUGUUUAUACCAGAGACGGCAUCACAGCCAGUAAACCAGAGGGCACUGGAUGGAGCCAUAUCCCAAUGUGCAUGAUAAUGAAGCAUGUGACCUACGACCUGGGCCGUCUUUGGGUCGUCUCCAAGUCCGGCUUCGCCAUGGUGUGCCCACAUUAGCCUCUCCUUUUCAGCUGAAGGCCGUUCAGAAUCUGACAAGUUCACUUGCUAACUCAUUGAUGUUGGUUUCUGGAAGAGCCUUCU